GUCCAGAGGUAACAGGACACCGUGAACGAGGUCCACUGAGGGCGGAGCGCGUCGGAGGAGGCGGAGCUCUCCGUGGUACUUAAAUUGAGUUGGUGCCAGAAAGAUGUGAAGUACGAGCUUCGCACUGCAGCCGGAGCGCCCGGUGCGUGCUGCAAACACUGAAGGAGAAGCGAGAGAAGAAAGAGGGGAAAGAAAGAGACAGAAGGAGAGCAGAGGACUGAGCAGCCCUCUGUACUCAUGGAUCAUAAAUAUAUCUAAUCAUUCGCCCUCGGGAGCGCACAGACACCGCAGUCCAUGCCUCUGCCUUGCCGGGUCAUUGAUGGGAAACCAACUGGAUCGGAUCACCCACCUCAACUACAGCGAGCUGCCCACGGGGGAUCCGUCCGGGCUGGAGAAGGACGAGCUUCGGGUCGGCGUCGCCUACUUCUUCUCUGACGAAGAGGAGGAGGUGGACGACCGCACUCCGUCCGACUGCGGCUUCACCAAGGACCACAGCCCGGCCGAGGAGGGACCCUUCUCGGUCAGUGAGGUGGAGUACUCGGCGUUCUGCUCCCAGGAAUGCAUCUUCUCCAAGCUGCGGGAAAACGAGGACCUGAACGUGUACUCGGCCAAAACUUUGCUGACUAUGUGCAAGCCGGGGGAUCUGCUGGAGCUGGUCGCCACCGCGCAAGCCCCCCACUGGGUCAUUUACCAGCGUGACGACCAAGUUAUUCACCUGCACAAGGGCGAAAUCCGCAGGGACAGUCUGCUGGAGAUCAGCAACGGUCGGCACGGAAGAAUAGUCAACAAUCGGUACCGAUUCCGACCGCUUCCUCCAGACCUGGUGAUGCAGAACGCUUCGGGACACCUAGGGCUGAGGAGCGAGGAGAUUUGUUGGACCAACUCUGAAAGUUUCGCUGCCUGGUGCCGCUUCGGGAAACGGGAAUUCAAAGGAGGCGGGGAGGCGCACUCUGCGGAGCAGCAGUAUUUCCUCAAAGUGCACCUGUCCGGCAGCGGGGUGCACACUCUGGUCUUUCGGAGUCUGGAGGACAUGAUCCGCGAGCGGCGGAGAGUGGACGCCAGUGGAAUUCUUAAAGAGCUCUCUUUGGUGACCGGAGACAAGGACUGAUCAGGAAUUCCGUUUGAUAUCCUCCACCUCCAGUCACCGAGGCGCAUGGACGCACGCUUUACUGGCGCACACGUUAACAGGACCCUCACACAUACCCAUACAAUUAAGUCCCGCCAGAAGCGUACAAAUGAAAAAGGACCUGUUGUUUUGGGACCGUCGUUUAGUACGGACCCCGAUGCACUGUGGAUUUCUCAAUAAAAUGGAGAGUACUGAGAAACGAGGGAGCGCGGCCAUAUAAACAGACAACGCCCCGCAUGGUUAGGACGCGUGCUGAGUGGCGCACACGAUUUCUAAUCAACCCCAUUAAUACAGAACAAGCAAAAUCACCUUUACACGGCGCACACGACUCGGUUUGAUUUCUUUGAUUUCCGGGGAAAAAGAAAAAAAAGUGGAUUCGGCUCCUUUCUUCUCUGCAGCAGCAGAGCAGAGGGAGGGGAUGAGUGUAGAUGGGAUCUGGGGAUGUCUCUCGGAGGUCUCCCUUCUAUUUUUUUACUGUUAGCUUUACGACCAGAACAGACCCAACGACACGGACUCCAGCCACUUAAUGAUUCAUAGACCUCUGAAAGCCUGAGCUGGUUGCAACAGUUGCCUACACAAAGCGUCUUGGCUUGACCAAGCUCCUCUUUUUGCCAUAUUGUUCUCUCCACAAUGCUGUCAUCUCGCUCACAGCACUGGAUGUAUGUGUAAAUUGUAUUCAUACAUUGGUUUUAAAAUUUGAGUCCCUUAUUUUUGUAUUUAAGUUUAGUGGAUUUAUCUCUUUUUUUGGUUCAAAUAAAUGAAGGUUGAAAUAUGAAAAGAAAAUUGACCUGGUCUAUUAGGUCUUGUUUGGCUGCACACUCACACUCCCACAUCAACAG